GCCAAAGACACGCAGUCCGGCGCUCCCAAUGUCUAUGUUGUCCGUAUCAAACCUGCCGAAUGAUAUUGUGACUCUUUUAUUCUGGCUUGUCCAAUUCCGUCCACGGCAGGCAGCCAAAACCCAUCGAGCUUUUCUCACAGUUACAAGAUCCGAUAUCAGCCCUUCAGAGGUUUUGCCCUUGCCGCUAAAUGACCAGUCAGCUAAGACUGAAGAUAUAAACCACACCCCACUAACCCGAGUGCGUUUCAACUAUGUUCUGUCAAGAUGACUACUAAUAAGCGUACAAUGCCUGCAUUAUUUGAAGAAAACCUCACACUGACUACUAAUAAUAGACAACUUAUUGAGGUUCCUUAUGCUACUUGGACCAAGUCGGCGCUCCUCCGCGACUUGGUUACCGACUUACCCGAAGGAAAAGAUUCAUCGGCCGAUACCGCUGUAUACACUGGACCCUGCCGCUGUCAGAAUGGUGGUUCAAUGCUAUUCUGGCUAAGACCUUCCUAAAGAUAAAGAAUCUCUCUUCCAUGCUAACUCGGCAGCGACUUUCCUACAGAUGCCUUAUGCCAUUGAUCAUAGCUGUAGGAUGGUUGCUCUCAUGAUUAGCGAAAACUCCCCCUUAACACGCUAGACGGACUCCCUGAUGAGAUGCAAUUGCAAAUUGCUAGCCAUCUUGAGGACCAUGCAUUCGGCAGAGCGGUACAAAAGAGGAUAGUGCCAUUAGAACAAUCGCAAGAA